AUUUGCCAUUUCUGAAAUGUGCUCGCCCUCUGUUUUCUUGUGCUAACAAUGUUUAAUGGCCCUGCACAUUGAAAUACGAGCAGGUCAACUGGCAGGGGUUGUUGGCCAUUGAAAGAACUUCUGCAGUCCGCAACCUUAAGAAGUAGUGGCAACCAAAUGGUGGUUACUGUGAACGACAUGCUCACUACAAUCCUCUGCUUGCUCUUGUUCUGUUUUCCGUUUGUCUGCUCUGGAAGAGAUAGCAUAACAUGGAACAGCUCCAUUAGUGACUCCCUAGGAGAAAACCUUGUUUCUGCCGGAGGAAGAUUCGAGCUUGGAUUCUUUACUCCAAAAGGAGGCUUACCUAGCAGAAGAUACGUUGGGAUAUGGUACUACAGUUCGAAUCCAAGAACUGUUGUAUGGGUUGCUAAUCGCGACAAGCCACUCGGCAAUUCCAAUGGAGUUGUUGCCAUUGCAGAAGAUGGCAAAGCCAGGGUCUUAGAUAGAAAUAACAAGAGUUACUGGUCGACAGAUCGAUUAAGAAAUUCGUCAUAUACCAACAGGAUAUUGAAGCUCCAGGAUUCUGGGAACCUCGUUCUAACGGAAGUAGAUGGAAGUAACAAUACAGUGAUCUGGCAAAGCUUUGAUAACCCAACUGACACAUUUCUUCCCGGAAUGAAGAUGGAUACAAACAUGGAGUUGACUUCAUGGAAAAGUAGUGACGAUCCGGGACUGGGGCAUUUCACGUUCCAGCAAGAUCAAGAUGGACCAAACCAAUAUAUAAUCCGGAAAGAAGAGUCAACCAUAUACUGGCAAAGCAGGGUCUCGGGCGAUUUCAUUUACUCCAGUGAUUAUGAAAUGCUUCCCGCGAUAUUUUCAGAAGUUUUCACUUCUGCAAAUCGGGAUAUGAGGCUGGUUAUGGAUUACUUGGGGAAGAUAAAGUAUUAUCUGUCGGUAAACCGCACGAGAGACUGGUCGCUUUCAGUGAAGGAUCCGUGGGAAUUGCAUUGGUGGGAGCCAAGAAACAGAUGCAGUGUGUACAAUGCUUGUGGAAAUUUUGGUAGCUGCAAUAGUAGGACAAGGAAGCUGUGCAAGUGUCUUCCUGGGUUUGAGCCAAAAUCUCCAAACAAAUGGAAUUCAGGGGAUUUUUCUGAUGGGUGCAAAAGGGUUUCAAUUUCAACCAUAUGUGGUGAGAAUGGUAGAAGAGACAGAUUCCUGAGCCUGAAGAUGAUGAAAGUGGGAAAGGCGAAGGAUUUUUUUCGCGUUCGUAGUGAAACAGAUUGUGCAAAUGGCUGCCUUCGCGACUGCAACUGCCAAGCUUAUUCAUAUGAUGAAAACGUACAACGGAGAUUUGAUAAACAAGGUAAAUGCCGCACUUGGGGGGAUCUUGAUAAUCUCUCGGAGAAUUUCACCGCUGGCCGUGAGCUCUCUGUCCGGGUGCCAGCUGCUGAUAUAGGAUCCAAAAAAAGAACUUGCGAGACAUGUGGGGUUAACACCGUUCCCUAUCCACUAAGCACCGGAGGAAACUGUGGUGAUCCCCUGUACAACAGAUUUGACUGCAACAAGGAAAACGGCACCCUAAGCUUUAUGACACCCAAGGCCAACUACAGUGUCACCAGGAUCAACCCAGAAACGCUUACAUUUGCCAUCCAAGUCCAAGAUGCAUUUAACUGUUCAGCCGGCAAAAUUCUGCAGUUCAACCAGUCCUUGCCGUUUGAAGUGAGCAGUGGGUCGUGCAAUGAGUCGAGUAACUCCACUCCAGAUCCUGUUUUUGAAGAUAUCCUGAUAAAAGAAAUAGAAAUUAGAUGGGAACAACCAUUAGAGCCAAUAUGCAGUUCGCCGGAAGACUGCACCGAUUGGGAAUAUUCGACUUGCAAUGUCAGGGAAGAUGGACAUAGUAGGUGCCAUUGCAAUGGACCCUACAGGUGGGAUCCCGUUAAUGUCAACUGCACUUCAGUCUUUGGUCCCUUUGGGCCUGGUGAAGGGUCUUCACAGGAGAAGGAUAAGAAGCCAUCAUAUCUUAUUUUCGUGGGAAUUUUUGCAACUAUAAUUGCCAUCUUAUGUAUAACUUGUUUUGUAUUCUAUCUGAAAACAAGACGAGUGGCCAAUAGACAAGAAAACAGGAGAAGUAUCGCAUUGUAUCAGUAUGACACUGAGAAACGUGUCAAAGAUUUGAUAGAUUCAGCAGAGUUCAACGAAGAUGAUAAGAAAGGCAUAGAUGUACCAUUUUUUGAUUUGGCAAGCAUACUAGCUGCUACUGAUAACUUAUCAGAGGUAAACAAGCUUGGACAAGGCGGGUUUGGGCCUGUUUACAAGGGUAAGUUUCUAGGAGGACAACUGAUUGCUAUAAAGAGGCUGUCAAGAGGUUCAGGACAAGGCUUAGAAGAAUUUAAGAAUGAGGUUUUGUUGAUUGCCAAACUUCAGCAUAGGAAUCUUGUUAGACUUUUGGGCUAUUGCAUUGAUAGAGAUGAAAAGAUGUUACUCUAUGAAUAUAUGCCAAACAAAAGCUUAGACUCUUUCUUAUUUGAUCGAACACAAUGUGUGUUAUUGAACUGGGCGAUACGCUUUAACAUCAUUUUGGGAAUUGCUCGAGGGCUGCUUUAUCUUCACCAAGAUUCUAGGCUGAGAAUCAUUCAUAGAGAUCUGAAAACAAGUAACGUUCUAUUGGAUGAGGAGAUGAAUCCUAAGAUUUCUGACUUCGGCUUGGCAAGGAUCUUUGGAGGCAAACAAACUGAGGGAACCACUACCAGGGUAGUUGGGACUUACGGCUACAUGUCUCCAGAAUAUGCAUUGGAUGGGUUUUUCUCAUUUAAGUCUGAUGCUUUCAGCUUUGGUGUUGUUGUACUUGAGGUUAUCAGUGGAAAAAGAAAUACAGGAUUUUUCCAGUCAGAAAAGACUUUGAGUCUUCUAGGCUAUGCAUGGAAAUUGUGGAAGGAAAACAGAGCAUUGGAUUUAAUGGACCAGACAUUACGUGAAAGUUGCAACACAAGUGAAUUUUUGAGGUGUGUUAAUGUUGGGCUCCUAUGUGUACAAGAAGACCCCAGUGAUCGUCCCACUAUGUCAAAUGUUGUUUUCAUGCUCGGGAGUGAAGCUGCGACUCUCCCAACUCCUAAACAACCAGCCUUUGUUGUAAGGAGAUCACUUUCGAGCACAACUUCUUCUUCUAGAAAAGGAGAAAGCAUUAAUGAAUUAACAGCUACCAUUGAAGAAGGUCGAUGAUGAUGGAGGUUCUCAUCAUGAGUCUUUUUUUCUCUUUACCAGUUUCUACUACUUCAUAUUGUGGUUCCCAUGAACAAGGAAGCCCAUUUUUUGUCUAUUUCAGUGUAACUUCUUUUGCCAAUGGCAAUCUAUUCAAUCUAGUUGUUUUUCUCCCAAGUUUUA